GCGGGGUUCCGCUUCCCCGGGCCGGGCCUGAAGGCGGCCGGCGGGGAGGCGGGAAGGGAAGGGAGGCGUUGGCCGAGGCCGCUCCUCCUCCUGUUUCUCCUCAGUCCGGGAGCCGCGGUGUGUUUUGUGUGUUUUGUGUGAGGAGAGAGAGAGAGGGUCACGGCUGUGGGGGGCCUCCGGCGCCAUGGCCGCCUGCCCUGAGGGCUUCCUCCGCGCCUUCCUGAGGGACUUCCCGAGGCCGCUGGGCCCCGAGGAGGCCUCGCCCUGGAACCCCCCGACGGGCCGCGGCGGCGGCGGCUCCCUCCACGGGAAUGCACCACCCAUCCUUGCUGCUGCUUUGAUACAUGCUGCAAUUGGUGAUUUACUACAGACUGAUCUUAGUGAGUUUAAAAAGCCCCAUGUGGAAGGAGAGGAAGCUGGCGAUCAUGGGACAUCUUCCUUACUGGAUGGAGGACCUUUGCAGCACAGCUUCUUCAACAAACUCUGGGAUGUUUGCUGCAAGUGGCAGAAGCAGCCGCCAACCCUGAAGCCCCUUGAGCGCUAUCUCCAGAUUUCUGUCCAUGCAACCCGGAAUACCCGCCGGAAAAUGGAGGACAGACAUGUUUCUCUCCCGGAUUUUAAUCAACUUUUUGGCCUGACGGACAAUGUGGACAGAGCUUACUUUGCGGUCUUCGAUGGUCAUGGCGGAAUUGAUGCUGCUAAUUAUGCAGCGACUCAUUUGCAUGUAAAUUUGGCACAUCACAAGGAGAUCCUGAAAAAUCCAGAGGUGGCCUUAAAAGAAUCCUUUGAAAAAACAGAUGAAAUGUUUCUUUUGAAAGCCAAAAGAGAGAAGCUACGGAGCGGUAGCACCGGGGUGGCUGCCUUGAUUGUUGGGAACAAGUUACAUAUCGCUUGGCUUGGCGACUCCCAGGUUAUGCUGGUCCGGGACAGAAAAGCUGUAACCCUGAUGGAACCUCAUAAACCAGAGAGAGAGGAUGAGAGACAACGCAUCGAAGCAUUAGGAGGUUGUGUAACUUACAUGGACUGCUGGCGCGUUAACGGAACCCUGGCUGUUUCCAGAGCUAUUGGUGAUCUGCUUCAAAAGCCUUAUGUUUCUGGCUGUGCCGAUAGUGCCUCCUUUGAACUGACUGGUGCUGAAGAUUACGUGCUUCUAGCCUGUGAUGGAUUCUUUGACGCCAUCCAGCCUUUUGAGGUGGUGGACCAUGUUCUUGAGCACUUAAGGCGAAACAAAGGAGAGGGUCUCAACGCGGCGGAGAGUCUGGUGGCUGCAGCCAAGGAGAGCGGGUCCACUGACAACAUCACUGUUCUGCUGGUGUUUCUAAGGGAGCCCAGAAAUAUCCUGUCCGACGGUCUCGGAGACACAAAAAGCUGCUCUGCCCGAUGACUGCCCAACAGAUUCACGCUUCAACUUUUUCAGCUCUACAGGGAACAAUUUGAAGGGACAGCAGCUGAAAGCGUGACUGUCCGACGGGACUUAAAGCACAACCUCCAAACGUAAGCAGGUUUUGAAAACAAAACUCUUUCACCAUGAGAACCCAGGGUUAUUGUGUGGCAGACAGAAUGCCUGAACCUAAAGUGGCCCAGUGUAUUUAUUAUAACUUGGAUUCUUCCAUAUCUCAGGCCUGUUCUUGGUUCAUCGACUUCAGAUUGUAGGUUGGAGGAAUAGACGAGAACAUUAACACUCUUUCUUCACAUCCCCAGAACCUCUGUGCAGAAAAGUGUUGUAUCUGGGGAAUGAAAGAAUUCUACCCUCUUGAUUUAUACAUGGGAGGACAGUGUUGUUGUUUUUUAAUGGAGGUGGUGGACCAUGUUCUUUUUUUAAUCACUUCAAUCUGAAGUGAUAAAACUCAGUUACAGGUUUAUACACCUGUGUAAGAGCUGCCUUUAACUCUUUGGACGUAGUUUUAAGACUGUCUGUUCACAUCCCUGUGCCUUGGGAGACGGUGAAAGGUACCAAGAUGGGAUCCUCUGGGAUAUUUUUAAAUGACAUUUCAUUUAAAGAGGCUGCGUUUUGGUAUUAUUUAAUUAUAAUGUAUAAUAAGCUAUCACUGCUAUUACAGGAAAUGAAUGGAUUCCUAAGGUUACAUUCAGUAUUAUAUAAAGUAAUAGAAACUGGAACGUUGGCAGUCUUGUUUCCGUGUAAGAGCUGAGGUCCUCUAGUCUCGGUUGCAUACCAAAGAAAAUGCUAGUGAGGAACGUCACUGAUGUAUUGAUAAGGCUUAAGUGAAAAUGAUUAGAUAUUGAAAUGAAAAGACUGUUCAAAAAUAUACCUGCUAAUAGUUAAUCUGCAGCACGGGAAUUUCCUGGGCAGACAUAUCAUUACCUUUGGCUUUGCUUGAGGUAAUUUAAGUGACUGGUAGUAUCCUCUCCACCAAAUGCAUUUCUUUCAUGAACCUUAUUCAUUCCAUGGAGAUGACCUCCUGAUGAGGCAAAUGUUCUACUCCCCUUUCUCCCAGUUGGUUCUGGUUGGUGGUGAAAGAGCAAAGGUAUUUCAGAAUUCAUUAAAAGUCAUGUCUCAGAAAAUGAGUUAUUUCCAGGAAAUGCACAUUCCUAGUGGAACCUCUCUUCUUGGGGGGGAGGCACUGUAUGUGUGUUCGUUAAAAGCUAGUUAAAAGUUUCUGACUUGGUGGCUCUGACUGCAGAAAUGAACUUAACAUGGGAAGUGUCAUAGCGCUAAACUCUGCUCUCGGAACAAACCAAUCCAAAAAAUAAACCUUGUUUUGCAGAAGGGAUGGAAAACCAGUCAUGGAAAAUGUCACUGUAUUAAUGAGAACAAGGAGAAUAUGUGGAUGGCAGAAAUCAGAUGCAUUUAGGGAGAAUGAAUGCUCCUUCUCGAACAGCCCUGGGUUUUCGAGAGAGCAGUAUUCAGUGGGUUUCAGAUUUGUUUGGGUUUUGUUUAGUACCAUGUAUGAAUAGUUUAGCAAACGAACUAAAAAAGUUGUCACCCUGUUUGAGAAGACAACAUUGUUCCAGUUACAUGUACCUCAUGGCAAACUAUUAAGUAUUUAACUGUUUUAAUAUUGUUCUGCAACUGGGGACCUUUGUUUAAAAAAAAGUGUUAUAUUGUCUUGGCAGCUUUAAGUCAAGAUUUAGAUGCACAUAGUAGUUAUUUUCGUCUCUGGUUUAUGGAACUAGCUGUUCUCAAGUGCCAUAUGCCUUCUGUCAAAGAUGGGCAGGCCUGCUGUGUUUUUGUCAGAUUGUAUGGAGGGUGUGUCCCAGCUCCUGCCAACCUAGCAGUUUGAAAGCAUG